AUGACUACAGACUGGGGUGAGAAAUCCACAGCGGACCUUGUGAGUAGGUAUGUCUCCAAGGAGACGGGAUAUGGAGUCCCCAAGGAGGGCUGGCGUAUCUGCCUGGCACACGAGUUCAAGGAGAAGAGGAAGCCCUUUCAAGCAAAAGAUGUCUCGCUGUCCAACGUCUUGGAGCAUGUCGGCCUUGGAAUCAGGUAUCUGAAAUGGUGGUACAAGAAGACCCAGGUGGAAAAGAAAGCCCCAUUCAUCGAUAUGUUCGGUGCACAACCCUUGCGUCAAAUUUAUGGCGCUCCACUCGGUGGCAUUGGAGGAGGUACCAUCACGAGAGGUUGGCGGGGGGAAUUCUGCAGGUGGCAGCUUAACCCUGGGAUGUACCACUACAAAACUGUCACAGCAAACCAGUUCACAGUAUGUUUGCGUCGUGGGGGGCAAACAGUUUACCAGCAGGUGCUCUCUGUAGAACGUCCGCCCACAUUGCAAGGCUGGAACUGGGGCUACUGCGGAGAAUAUGCCUUCUAUCAUGCCCUGUACCCCCGUGCUUGGACCGUUUACCACCUGCCAGGGCAAAAUGUCACUUUGACCUGCAGGCAGAUUUCCCCAGUCAUCCCCCACGACUACCAGGACUCUAGUCUCCCAGUGGCGGUAUUCGUGUGGGACAUAGAGAACAAGAAUGAUUACGCUUUGGAUGUCUCCAUCAUGUUCACCAUGCUCAAUGGGUCAGGACACAAAGACGACAAGUGUGGGGGACACUGGAAUGAACCAUUCCACCUGGAGAAAGAGGGGGAGGCAGUCUCUGGGGUCUUGCUACAUCACUGUACCACAGUGAACCCUUACACUCUGUGCAUCGCAGCACGCGAACAGCCCGACAGGGAGGUCAGUCACCAGACAGCGUUCAGUCCAAAGGGAACCUGCAGCAGCCUGUGGAGUGACCUCAUCACUGACGGGCGACUUGACUCUCCUACAGGAUCUAGCCCACCGACGUCAAAGGGAGAGAAGGUGGCGGCAGCAUUGGCAGUGAGCUGCUCAGUGGCGGCUCAGAGCCGCAACACCCAGGAGUUCUGUUUAGCCUGGGACAUGCCCAAAAUCACCUUUGGCUCUAGGGAGAGGGAACACCUCAGGAGAUACACACGUUACUUUGGGACCAAAGGGGAUGUGUCCCCCUCGCUCAGUCACUACGCCCUAUCACACUACAGUCAGUGGGAGAAGAGAAUUGACGAGUGGCAAAGACCCAUUCUACAGGACAGUUCUCUCCCUUCCUGGUAUAAGUCAGCCCUGUUUAAUGAGUUGUACUUUGUGGUGGAUGGAGGGACGGUGUGGACAGAGCUACCAGAGGACGCUGAUGUCAGUGGUGGUGUGCGCAGCGAGGACGGAGGGCUGCCAGCCCAGCCUGCUGUCGUCAAGGAGUAUGGCCGUUUUGCCUACCUAGAAGGUCAGGAAUACAGAAUGUACAACACAUACGAUGUGCACUUCUAUGCUUCCUUUGCACUUAUCAUGCUGUGGCCCAAACUCGCCCUGAGUGUGCAAUAUGAUAUUGCUGGCAGUGUGGUUAACCAGGACCCAACAGAAAGGCUCCAUCUGAUGAGUGGGCGGUAUUCUCCAGUCAAGGCCAAAAACGUGGUGCCUCACGACAUAGGAGACCCAGAUGAUGAACCAUGGCAGAGGGUGAAUGCCUACCUCAUCCACGACACAGCAGACUGGAAGGACUUGAACCUGAAGUUUGUCCUGCAGGUCUACAGGGAUUAUCACCUCACCCAGGACAGCCAGUACCUGCGGGACAUGUGGCCCAUUUGCCAGGCUGUGAUGGAGUCAGAGUUGAAGUUUGACCUGGAUGGAGAUGGACUAAUAGAGAACUCUGGAUAUGCUGACCAGACCUAUGAUGGUUGGACUGUGACUGGACCAAGUGCGUACUGUGGUGGGCUGUGGUUGGCAUCCCUGUGUGCAAUGUGCAUGAUGGCCAGACUGGUGGACAACGAGGAGAAAUAUCAAUGGUACAGAGACAUACUGGACAGGGGCAGCGCUGCUUUUGACAAACUACUGUGGAACGGCAAGUACUACAAUUAUGACAGCAGUGGGAGAGACCUUUCUAAUAGUGUCAUGUCUGACCAGUGUGCCGGCCACUGGUUCCUGAGAGCAUCUGGACUAGGGGAGGGAGACUACCAGGCUUUUCCAAAAGAAAAAAUCCAGAGUGCACUAAAGUCUGUCUUUGACUUAAAUGUUAUGAGCUUCGCUGGAGGCCAGAUGGGGGCUGUAAACGGCAUGCGUCCUGAAGGAGUGCCUGACCGUUCCAGUGUCCAGUCAGAUGAGGUCUGGAUUGGAGUGGUGUAUGGACUGGCAGCCACAAUGAUCCACGAGGGUAUGAGAGAGGAAGGUAUGCGCACAGCUGAAGGUUGCUACCGGACUGUGUGGGAGAGGCUAGGCAUGGCGUUCCAGACUCCUGAAGCCUACUGUGAGAAAGGCAUCUAUCGCUCUCUGGCGUACAUGAGACCGUUGAGUGUCUGGGCCAUGCAACUAGCCCUGAACACUUCACAGAAGGAUUAGACCACAUUGACCCAAACUGGAGCCACAGAUGGGGAGCAGGGACAGAAUCUGAAAACCAGACUGGUGUGAUUAGAAAUGAACAUUGAGUUCCUCUGAAAAUGACCUCCAGAGUCCUCUGCAGCCCAAACCCCCAUCUGCAGAUCUCUGUUUCAUCGGUUACAGACUUUACAUUCUAUCAUCUACUGUUUGCUUCAAAUGUAUUGUAAUUUGAGGCUUGAUGUCAGAACUGUGAUGGUUAAUGCUUGACAAAUUCAGUACCUACUGUAGAUUAUAUUAUGACACUGUUGGGUGAGGAGUUUUAAGAUUAUAAAGAGACUGCAAUUGGUUCAAGAUUGUAAAGGCUGCAGUGUAAGGUAGAACCUAGGAAAUGUCAAAAUCAAACUUUGUAUUGCUAAUUAAAAACUGACCUUGUGUUUCAGCACCAUAUAGUAUGUUUGCACGCAUGUACACACACAUGCAAGCACUACAUUUUACAAUUAUGUCAAUAAUAAUGUUUGCAUACUUGGAACACAUUUAUAUGCUAAGAAUUUGGAGACCCUUGUGCAUUAUUAUACCAGCCACAUAUAGUCAUUAUUAUCUGACAGAGAAGUACAUCAGGGGCCUUUAAGUCAAUCAGGUCGCAUCUAAAUGAUUUCUUGAUCAGGAAUACAGACGCAAAUAUUUUCCUUUUCCUCCACUUAAAUUUCAAUGCUGUACUAAGUGAAGUAAUAUGCGAUGAGUAGUCUUGAAAUUAAGUCUUAAUUUGAAAAUUAUUAUUAUUGUUUUUCUUUUUUAAAAUAGCAUUUGGUGCCUUGUUGCAUGUUGGCCUACUGUAUAUCUACUGUAUAUUAAUGUAGUGGCAACAUUUACCAUGUUUUAUAAAAUUCAGUACUCAUGACAAUCAUGCUGAAUAAAUGACUGAAUAAGAUAAAACAGCA